AUGAAUAAAGAAAAUGGGACACAAACAAAUGAAUUCUUUUUUCUGGGGUUCCCUGGACUUGGUAGGCUCAGAUUUCUGCUCUUUCUUCUCAUAUUGUCUGCAUAUACCAUGACAGUGCUUCUUGAUAUUAUAAUUAUAAUAUUAGUGUCAACCAGAAAAAGUCUACAUUUGCCCAUGUACUUGUUCCUCUCAAACUUUUUAUUUUCUGAAAUGUGUUUAGUGACUGUCGUCAUCCCUAAUAUGUUACGUAUCAUAUGGUUGGAUGGAGCCACUAUAUCCAUCAUUGGAUGCAUCACUCAGAACUACUUUUUCGUAUCUUCAGGUACUUCAGAAUGCUACCUCCUGGCAGUAAUGUCCUAUGACCGAUACUUGGCCAUAUGCAAACCUUUACACUACAACACAAUAAUGGACCACAGCUUUCAGUAUUUCCUGGUUAUCUCUUGCUGGAUUUUUGGCUUCCUUGUGACAUUGAUCACCUUCAGCUUUUUGCUUGAUCUCAAGUUCUGUAACAAAAAUCUCAUUGAUCAUUAUUUUUGUGACCUCUCUCCUUUUGUAGAUCUUGCAUGCUCAGAUACCUAUGCUCUGCAAAUCGAUACGUAUGUUAUGGCCUUCCCUCACAUCGCCAUACCCUUUAUAUUAGUUGUUGUAAGUUAUGUGAGUAUUUCCAUAGCUAUCAUAAGAAUGACGUCUAUCGUAAGUAGGAAGAAAGCUUUCUCUACUUGUAGCACCCACCUGACGGUGGUGAGUGUCUUUUAUGGAACUCUGUUAAUUAAUUAUCUUAUUCCAGUGAGAGGAAACACUGUGGUCAUCAACAAAAUAUUAUCAGUUAUAUUCAUAUUGAUAACACACCUUUGUUUAACCCCAUCAUAUACUGCCUGA